UCGCACAUUGCCCACUGCAUUCUGGAUCUGAUUGCUGCUGCUGCCCGUUCAAACACGUAGCGAGGCGCGACGCGCAAUAGUCACCGUUUGCUCGACUAAGAGUCUCCUGCCUUCUUCAGCAAACGGUGCAAACCAACAUUUCUGUGCACCUAUUGUUUUGUUCCGGGAAACAUACUUGAUAUCGUUCCCUGCCCGCCUGGGGAAAGAAAACGAUGCGAGUCUCCGCGCUCAAGUCGGCGGUGCUCCUCGUCGCCGCUGCCACCGCUCCGAGAUUAUCCACCGCGGACGGAUCGGCUAGCCAAGCCUUUGAACAAGACAGGAUUGACCAAAUCCGCGGCAGCGGCGAUGCUGAUUUACUAAGUGCUGUAACGCGAGCACAUGACGUCCUGAGCCAGCUCCUAGGAGACAGGUUGGGGUCAGAGCCCUUGUUCAAAGCGUUCGAUGGGGAUUUCGCAGCGGGUCGGCAGCGGCCGCUGGAGGAGGACGACGGCAAGGGCCGGACUACUUGGGAGGACGAGAUCUGGCUCGAUGCUGCCGGGCCGGUUGGCUGUGCUGCGUGCGAGGUCAUCCUCGCACAGCUCAAAGUCAUCGCCGCAGCGGGCGAUGCCUUCUUCAUCGGCUUCCUCUCGGAGCUGUGCAAGCGGACCGGUGUCCAAGACGCCGAUGUCUGCGAAGGCUCGAUAGCCCUUGAAGGCCCCAUCGUGGCUCGUGGGAUUAGAAGUAUCACGGUGGGUUCCAGAGUGUCCAGGCUCUUCUGCGCCUAUUCGGUGGGCUUGUGCUCGUUCCCGGAGGUGGAGUCCUGGCAAGUCCCUUUUCCUUCACCUAAACCGCCGCCUGAGCCAUCGACGGCGUCAAGACUGGCUGGUGCGACGGGCCAAAAGGAACGGAGAGAACCGCUGCGGAUCGUGCACUACUCGGAUAUCCAUGUCGACCCGUUCUAUGAGCAGGGCACAAAUGCGAACUGCACAAAGCCGAUAUGCUGCAGGUAUUGUCCCUCUGUUGAUAGUUCGAACUCUGUCACCGACGGCAGCUUCCUGCCUGCUGGCCCGCAUGGCGACCACCAAUGCGACUCUCCGCUAAGCCUCGAGAAGAGCAUGUAUAUGGCGAUCAAGGAUCUCGUCCUGGAUGCGGCAUUCAGCAUCUUCACAGGCGACAUUGUGGACCACGCCGUGUGGAACACGACGCAGGCGCAGAAUACAAUCAAUAUCGGCGCGUCCUAUGUCCGUAUGGCCGACGUCGGGCUCACUGUGUACGGCACCGCGGGCAACCACGAGUCAUCUCCCACAAACUCGUUUCCUCCAGAAGGGUCUAGCGAUAGCGCGCAGUGGUUGUACAACCUGCUGUCGCUGGCCUGGAUGCGAUGGGUUGGUUCCGACGCCGCGGACACGGCGCGGAAGAUUGGCGCCUACUCGACGAAGCAUCGCGACCUUAACCUGCGCAUACUUUCGCUCAACACGAACUUGCACUAUGCUCACAACUACUGGCUCUACGAAGACCCGAUGCAACGAGAUCCAAGUGGACAGCUGACCUGGCUGGUCAGGGAGCUCGACGCCGCAGAGAAGAACGGAGAACGCGUCUACAUCAUCGGGCACAUGCCGAUGGGCUCUGGAGAUGCUUUCCACGACGGAUCCAACUACUUUGACCAGAUAGUCGGGCGGUACUCGCCUGGGACAAUUGCCGGGCUCUUCUUUGGUCACACGCAUCUGGACGAGUUUGAGCUGGCCUACCACAACUACAGCAGCCGCUCCCACAGCGGUGCAUUUGCCACGACUUACGUGGCGCCCAGCUUGACCCCUACCUCGGGCCAUCCCUCGUUCCGCGUCUACACGGUAGACCCGGAGACCUUUGGUGUCCUCGACAUCACCACGUACCGAGCGAACAUGGACACGCCUGACUAUCAAGCUGGCGGUGCCCUCCCAAAAUGGGAGAAGUACUACUCUGCUCGCGACGCGUACGGACCCCUGGUGACGACGCCGCCUCUGGGCGCCGAACAGGAGCUCACGCCGGCGUUCUGGCACAAUGUGACCGAGGUCCUCGAGCGCAAUGCCACUGCCUUUGGGGAGUAUCUCGUCCGCAAGCGGAGAGGCUGGCAGGCCGAGGAGGCCGUGGCUGCGUGCGACGACGAGUGUGCCAGGCUUGAGAUUUGCAAGCUGCGAGCGGCCAGGGCGCAGGACAACUGCAUGACGCCCGGCUCGCGGGUCAACCUGGGCAGGAGAGAGCCGCCGUUCGGGGACGACUGCGAGUCAUCUGUCGUGAGAAAUACGCUCUCGAAUGUCGCCGUGCAACGAGAGCUGCUGGGGUGGACAGGAUCAGUGAGGUUGGAGAGCUUUGAGGCAAGGUAG